ACAUCUAAAGAGACCUGGAAGAUGAGGAGUCGAACCCGAGCAUGGUACUCUAACACACUCUGCAGAAAGGCUGAGCUACAGGGGCCCGAAUUGGAAAACACAGAUCGAAUCUAUUGCCGAGCACUCCUUAAUUUCUUGGCUUAAACCCUGCACUUCUCUCGCUUCACCCACGAGCCUCUCAAAAUGUUCAAGAAGUUCUGCAAUGAAGAAGUGUCUGGACAAAAUCAAGUCAAAGCAUCUGUGCAGCGCAAAAUCCGGCAAAGCAUUGCAGAAGAGUACCCAGGUCUUGAGCUUGUGCUUGAUGAUUUGCUUCCAAAGAAGUCUCCUCUCAUUGUUGCAAAAUGUCCAAACCAUCUGAAUCUAGUCGUGGUGAAUAAUGUACCACUGUUUUUCAAUAUAAGGGAUGGACCAUAUAUGCCUACGCUGCGGCUUCUUCAUCAAUAUCCAAAUAUAAUGAAGAAACUGCAAGUUGACAGAGGGGCUAUUAAGUUUGUCUUGUCCGGUGCCAACAUAAUGUGUCCAGGCCUUACAUCUCCUGGAGGUGUCUUGGAUGAAGAAGUUGAGGCUGAGACUCCUGUUGCAAUAAUGGCAGAAGGGAAGCAACAUGCCCUUGCUAUUGGCUUUACAAAAAUGUCAGCAAAGGAUAUAAAAUCAAUCAACAAAGGAAUCGGCGUUGACAACAUGCACUAUCUUAAUGAUGGCCUUUGGAAGAUGGAGCGUCUGGAUUGAGUGUGAUCUGAUCAGAAUCAAUUCAAUGGACUCUUGACCAAAGACCGAAACGGGUUUUGAUGCGCUUAAACUAUAAUUACUAUGCAUACCAUGGCUUGAAUUUGCAGUCUUUUUGAGCAGUAAUGGUAAAUCUAGAAUGCUAAUAUUACACUCAUGUAUUUUGAUAAUCAUUCUUAGACUCAAUGGGAGUGUUUUAGAAAAAUUUAAAUCUUUGUUUUUUUUGCUUAUCUGAGCUCCUUUUACCAUUCUGGUGUUUGAUAAACCAACAUAAAUUUCUGUGUAAUGCCUAUGUUAAGACGUUUAAAUCUCACAAGUCAUAGACAAGUAUCUACCUGUCUUAGGU